GCAUCCUCAGAAACAGACCAAACAGCGAAUCCUUUCAUUUUCCCUGUUUAUUUCAGUAUUUUCCUCGCAUAUGCUGUCCCUAAAACGUAGACGACGGAGCUGCGUUUCUCUCUUUACGUGCCAUGGCUAGAAAGACGGACACCCCCGCGUCCGAUUAUGGUGAACCACGCAAGUAUGACCCUAACUUCAGAGGCCCAAUUCGCAACAGGAGUUGCACAGACGUGGCCUGCUGUUUUAUCUUCAUCAUUGUCAUCAUCGGAUACAUCGCUUUGGGGACAGUGGCCUGGAGCCUUGGUGACCCCCGAAAGGUGGUUUAUCCGACAGACAGCAGGGGCCAGUUUUGUGGACAGAAGGGGACCCCCAAUUCAAACAAAACAAUAUUAUUCUACUUCAACAUUUUGAAAUGUGCCAAUCCUGCUGUUCUAAUUAACCUCCAGUGCCCUACAACUCAGCUCUGUGUCUCCAAGUGCCCUGACAGAUUCGCCAGAUUCCUGGACUCACAGUCGGGUGCAAACUGGGAAUAUUACAAGCAGUUCUGCAAACCAGACUUUGUCCUUGGCAGUAAGCCAAAUACAGAAGUAUUACGAGAUGAGGACUGUCCGUCCAUGAUUGUGCCAAGCAAACCUUUUCUUCAGCGGUGCUUCCCAGACUUCAACACCAGAAAUGGAAUUGUGACCGUAGCCAAUCAGACUGUCUUCAGAGAUGGGCUCAACAUUCUGAGAAAUAUCAGUGACCUCCAAGAUGCUGCAAUGGGUAUCAACAAUCUUCUGAAUGCCAAACAAAUUUUCUCCAGGAUCACUGAAGAUUAUGCAAACACGUGGCACUGGAUUCUGAUUGGUCUGGUGAUCACCAUGGUGCUCAGUCUGCUCUUUAUUUUGCUUCUGCGCUACAUUGCCGGUGUGCUCCUGUGGCUUAUUAUCUUUGGUGUGGUGGGUGCCGUUGGUUAUGGUAUCUGGCAUUGUUACUGGGAGUAUAGCACCGUGAGCGUGAUGCCAGGUUCUGAUAUGACCAUCUCUGAAAUUGGCUUCCAGCAAGACUUUUCACUUUACCUUAACCUCAGGCAAACUUGGCUUAUUUUCUUGUGCUUGCUUGCUGUAAUUGAGGGGAUCGUUGUGAUUGUGUUGAUUUUUCUGAGGAAAAGGAUAUGUAUUGCAAUAGCAUUACUAAAAGAGGGAAGUAGGGCCAUUGGAAACAUCAUGUCCACACUCUUCUACCCUCUAGUCACCUUUUUACUCGUGACCAUCUGCAUCGCUUACUGGGCAGUCACGGCAGUCUUCUUAGCAUCUUCAGGUGAGGCUAUCUACAAGGUCUCAUCACCUGAUGGCACAUGCAUGUAUGACAACAGUACAUGUAACCCAACGAACUUUUCACAGAGCAACAUAUCCAAAGCGUGCCCAGGAUCACAGUGUAACUUUGCCUUCUAUGGAGGAGAGGGCUUGUACCACUCAAACAUCUUGGUUUUUCAGUUCUGUAAUCUGUUUGCCUUUCUAUGGAUGGUCAACUUCACCAUCGCACUGGGGCAGUGCACACUGGCAGGCGCCUUUGCAUCAUAUUAUUGGGCUCUGAAAAAGCCAGAUGACAUCCCUCCAUGCCCGCUGUUGUCCUCAUUCAGCAGGGCCAUAUGUUUUCACACAGGGUCCCUCGCCUUUGGCUCUCUCAUCCUUGCCACAGUGCAGUUUAUCCGAAUUGUUCUGGAGUAUUUAGAUCACAGGCUAAAAGGUGCACAGAACAAAUUUGCUAAGUUCCUGCUUAAGUGUCUCAAAUGCUGUUUUUGGUGCUUGGAACAUUUCAUCAAGUUUUUAAAUAGAAAUGCAUACAUUAUGAUAGCAAUACAUGGAAAGAACUUUUGCACGUCAGCCAAGGAAGCUUUUUUCCUCCUGAUGAGGAAUAUCCUUAGGGUGGCAGUCUUGGAUAAGGUCACAGAUUUCUUGCUUUUCAUGGGCAAACUGCUCAUUUCAGGAGGGGUUGGUGCUCUUGCAUUUUUUGUCUUCACCCAUAAAAUACCAUACCUUCAGCUACAUUUGCCAGUUCUGAACUACAUUUGGGUACCUGUGACAAUUAUACUUGGAUCAUUCAUUGUUGCACAAGGCUUUUUCAAUGUUUACUCCAUGUGUGUGGACACACUGUUCCUGUGCUUUUUGUACGAUCUGGAGACAAACGAUGGCACGCCUGAACGACCCUACCACAUGAACAAAACUCUGCGACGCAUCCUCAACAAGAAAAAUCUCAGCCCAAGAAAGAUGUGAGGACGAAAGAAAAACUGACAGCAGAGGGAGAUGCAGGUUUUUUCCAAAAACAUUUCACUGAGAAGCCUAUUUAUUCAUACAAAAGUCUUUUGCACUAUGAAGACGUCAUAGCUCUUAUUUAAAAAUUGUUCAGUGGUUUUUUUAUAUAUGUAUAAUUUAUUGUAUUUCUGUAAAUUAUUGCAUUUCUUUAAAUAUUUUCAGAAAUACCCAACUCGUGCCAACAUCCUGUAUGGAAAUAGUUUUAUUCUUGAUGUUCUGGCUUUUAAUAUUUCUUGUAGUUGCCGGUUUUUGCCACAAGGUGAUGCCAGGAGUCAUCUGAAGUUCUUUUUUUACUUCGUGGAUUUUAAGCAGUUUUGCUAUAGUUAACUAAUUUCUAAAUUGUCUCACAUUGAGAUACAUAUUUUCCACUUACUGACCAGUGUUUUCACAUUGAACUUGGAAGGACAUAAUACUAGAGCUGAACCAAGUGCUCCAUACUCAAGUGCCUUAUUUCUGUGGUUACCACUCAGACUCUAAUUGUACUGCAGCUCUUUGGUCAGGCAUUAAUGCUGUUUGAAGAGGUCUGAAGGUGCUAAACUUGAUGUAUUUUUAUUAUAGUGUAACUUGUGCCAUUGUUUGUGUCUGAAGUUAAUUGUUAUUCAACUAAAAACUUUUUUAAAGAAGUUGUAUUACUAUUAGUAUCAAGUCUAAAAAUAUCUUAAAGUUGAUAUUUUCUUUUACAAAUCUUUCUACACCAAAUAUUUGUUAUUACAGUUUCUUUAGAAGUUAGCAUAUGUUAAAUGUGUACGUAUGUAUUAUAGGUUCUUGUAUAUUGUUAUUUAUUAACAUUUCUUAAAGUGCAGCUAUUGUUCUACCGAUUUAAUAGUAAGAUUUUAAGAUGUAACACAUCUUUCAAUCAGAGUGAUGCUCAUUACAUUGUUAUUUGUAAAGUGACAGUUUCCAGCCCAGUUGAACAGGCUGAAACAUGUGCAACAAAACAAUUAAAAACCAUUACUUAUCUGCCUGAUAUAAAACAAUACUGUACUUCUCUACACGUACUGUAUUUCUCUUUUUAAAGUCCAGCCAUGUACCUGCUUUCCCAGGUUUCCGAGGUUAAAGUUUUGAUUCUUACGAGAUGAUGAAGUAAGUCACAACAGUACCCUGUGUCUUUACCGUUAGAUUCCUUUGGUCAACCACAGCCAACAAGUACACACAAGUAAAAGUACUUUGGUUACUAUGUGCGUCAGGCUGCCACCACAGCAUUCAAGACACGCACUGACGAUUCCAAUAGACAGAUUGAUGAGCUAAAGUGAUUUAUCUGGUCUUUAUUUGAUGCUGCAAAAUAUGUUUGUUUUGCCAAAGUACAUUUAUGUAACUAAUUUAAUAUGUAUGUACAUUGUUUACAAAGGCAGGCACUAUAUAGACUGGUUCAGAAAUUAGACAUUUAUUUUAAACAGACUUCACAUACAGUAAAUAAAUUAAAUUGCAAUAUUUAACACAUUUUUAUUUAUCUUGGACUGAUUUUGUGUUUGUCACACAACGGAACACUGUCCAUAAAGUGUCACCAACUGCACAAAACUAUACCUAGUAAUGUUCUAUGACUGAGGUACACCAAAACUUUCAUUUUCACAGAUAACAUGAAGACUGAAGAAUGCUGUUUAUCAUUAUGGCCAAACAGAAAAGACUAAAUAAAUGACAAUACUCAUGUAUGACUGAGGAUUCUGUGUGGACGCUGUGUGGAGGCCAGUGAUCACGGUGCGGUCACGGUGCGGUCACGGCG